UGGGAGGAAAAGGGGUGGUGGGUAGUUUUGUUAUGUUCUUGUUUUUGUUUUUUUGUUUUUUUUGUUUUUUUGGUAUUUGCUUUGGUAUUUGCUUUGGGGUUAUAACUUUUUUUGCUUGGGUUGGCGGUUUGGAUCUUGAAGACAUGGCAUGGAGGAUAGAACUUGGGUUUAGGAGUUUUGUUAUAUAUAUCAUCAGCGGCGGUGUGUUACUGGUUUGUGGUAACAUAUAGCACAUUUAGGACAUUUUGUAAAUUUUGAACACUUUGUACACUUUGGACAUUUUGUGCAUUUUGGACAAUACGACGAUGCUACCGGGAAUAUACUAUACUGGCUUUGGAUACAUAUUGCGUUGCUGAUAUUAGUU